UGAAUCAAAAACAUAAAAAACAAUAGGUCAUGUCAAGGACGCAAAAGGUUAACUGUUAAAAGUCAAAGGAUGUUGGCACUUUCUUGGCUAGAGUGAACAAAUGUACUGUAUGAAAUACUCUUCUAUAUCGACUUGAUUCCCAUGUCAACUGACAUAAGGCAAUGGUGGAUUAAUGCAACGUAACACCACAAGCAGUAGCUAUGUUUGUAUAUGUUACCAUUUGUUUAUGCUUUCAUAGUUUAUCUAAGUAAGGUAACUGUAAGAAUUUAUUGAGCAUUGUUCAUCUGGUCGCGAGUGUGGCAUGGAUCGCCUCUCAUACAGCAGUGGGCGGUGCCGAGUGCCGUCACGCCCCCUACCGCCGCGGGACUGUAGCGGUUCUCUGGCUUUCACUCAGCGGCAGCAGCAGCAGCGGCAGGGGGACGGACGGUGGUGCUGUGUCCGGUCAGCAUAGAUGUACAUUCCCUCUGGACUAUCCGAGCGCUGGAGAGGUCAGAGCCGACCACCGUGGAGGACCGCGUUUGUUUGCUGAACGAAAGAGCCACGGCGAAAGCAUGGCGGUGGAAGAGGAAGGUCUCCGGGUUUUCCAGAGCGUGAAAAUAAAAAUAGGAGAGGCCAAAAACAUCCCGCCAUACCCGGGGCCAAACAGAAUGCGGGACUGCUUCUGCACUGUCAACUUGGACCAGGAGGAAGUUUUUCGGACCAAGAUAGUGGAGAAGUCACUCUGUCCAUUCUAUGGUGAAGACUUCUAUUGUGAGAUCCCACGCAGCUUCAGACACCUCUCCUUUUACAUCUUCGACAGGGACGUCUUCAGGAGGGAGUCGAGCAUUGGCAAGGUUGCUGUGAAGAAAGAGGACCUGCAGAAAUAUCACGGCAAAGACACCUGGUUCCAGCUGCAGCCUGUCAGCGCUGACUCAGAAGUGCAGGGAAAAGUGCACUUGGAGCUGCGUCUGAGUGAAGUCAUCACUGACAGUGGAGUCAUUAACCACAAAUUAGCCACACGAGUGUUGGAGUGCCAAGGUCUUCCCAUUGUCAAUGGCCAGUGUGACCCUUAUGCUGCUGUCUCCCUACAAGGACCCUCCAGGUCUGAAGCAAAGAAGACGAAGGUGAAGAGGAAAACCAACAACCCUCAGUAUGACGAGGUUUUCUACUUUGAGGUUACGCGACCACUAAGCUACACAAAGCGACAGUUUGACGUCGAGGAGGAAGAUGUUGACAAACUGGCACUCAGGGUCGACCUGUGGAACGCCAGCAAUUUGAAGUUUGGGGAUGAAUUCCUUGGUGGUGUUCGGGUUCCUCUGAGGGUCCUUGGUCAAGCUGGAGUUCAUGACGCAUGGUACUUUCUCCAGCCAAGGGAGAACGGGGGCAAGUCAGUGAAGGUUGAAGACCUUGGGUCUCUUCGUCUGAACAUUGUUUACACAGAGGACCACGUCUUUCCCUCUGAGCACUACACCCCUCUCAGAGAUCUGCUGUUGUAUUCUGCUAACGUCCAGCCCGUGUCAGCGUCGACAGCUCACGUUCUGGGGGAGGUGUGUCGAGAGAAGCAGGAGGCUGCCAUUCCACUGGUCCGUCUUUUCCUGCACUACGGCAAGAUCGUCCCUUUCAUCAGCGCCAUCGCUCACGCUGAAGUCAACCGCACGCAGGACCCUAACACCAUUUUCCGGGGAAACUCGCUGACUUCCAAGUGCAUUGAUGAGACCAUGAAACUGGCGGGAAUGCACUAUCUGCAAGUCACACUCAAACCAAUCAUAGAUGAGAUUUGCACUGAACAUAAACCCUGUGAGAUCGAUCCUGUGAAGCUCAAAGAAUCAGAGAACCUUGAGACCAACAGGGAAAACCUCCGUCACUAUGUUGACCGUAUCUUCAAUGUCAUCACCACCUCUGGUGUCCGGUGCCCAACUGUUAUGUGUGACAUCUUCUUCUCGCUGCGGGAGUCGGCAGCCACUCGUUUCCAAGUCGACCAGGAUGUGAGGUACACGGCUGUGAGUAGUUUCAUCUUCCUUCGCUUCUUCGCUCCGGCCAUCCUGUCCCCCAACUUGUUCCAUCUUCGGCUUCAUCAUCCGGAUCCCGCCACAUCUCGGACGCUCACACUCAUUUCUAAGACAAUCCAGACUUUGGGAAGUCUUGCCAAAUCUAAAUCAGCCAAUUUCAAGGAGUCUUACAUGGCUGCGUUCUACGACUACUUCAAUGAGCAGAAGUAUGCAGACGCUGUAAAGAAUUUCCUUGACCUCAUCUCCACCUCUGGAAAGUGGGAUCAGAAGAGUAUUGAAACGCCUAUCAUGCUGAAAGAAGGGAGUGUAAAACUGACAAUAAAGAGGGUUGAUGGGAAGGGGUCAAAAGGCACGAAGGGCAGAUUCAUGAUCAAACGAGCACAGGGCAGAAACCGGUUUGGCAUGAAGAAUUUCAAGAAGAGAUGGUUUCGCCUCACCAACCAUGAGUUUACCUACCACAAGACCAAAGGGGAAGGAGCCCUCUGUAGCAUUCCCAUAGAGAACAUUCUGGCUGUGGAGAGGCUUGAGGAGGAGUCUUUUAAGAUGAAAAAUAUGUUUCAGGUGAUCCAGCCAGAGAGGGCGCUCUAUAUCCAGGCCAAUAACUGUGUGGAGGCCCGAGACUGGAUUGAUAUCUUGACCAAAGUCAGCCAGUGCAACCGCAAGCGCCUGAGCACCUACCAUCCUUCAGCCUACCUCAAUGGCCACUGGCUCUGCUGCAAGCUGUCUGCUGACGCUGCCCCUGGCUGCACGCCGUGCACUGGUGGUCUCCCCGCAAACAUCCAGCUUGAUGUUGAUGGCGACAGAGAGACUGAGAGGAUCUACUCCCUGUUCAGCACCUACAUGACCAAACUGAUCAAGAUGCAAGAGGCCUGUGGAAGCAAGUCCGUGUACGAUGGGCCCGAGCAGGAAGAGUACUCCACCUUUGUCAUCGACGACCCGCAGGAGACCUACAAAAUCUUGAAGCAAAUAGUUUCCGCCGUGCAGACGCUGGAGCAGCAGCACACCAAGUACAAACGGGACAAAUUUAAGAAGACAAAGAUUGGCAGCCAGGAGCAUCCAAUUGGAGACAAGAGUUUCCAGUGUUACAUCCGCCAACAGUCUGAAAGCUCCACGUACUCCAUUUAAACCAGCAUAUUUUUACUGUAAAAAAAUAUUUGUGUCAAAGUUCUGCAGCUGGAGUUGACCUGAUCUGCGUGAGUUCCCUCGCUGGCCCAAAUGAGUCCCAGCAUGAGGCGUGACUUAUUUUCCAGUGUCUUAAGGUGCAGUUCUCCGUAUAAGACGGAUCAGCAAGAAGGAGCGGUUGAAACAAAUGAAGAUCCAGUCACAUCUUGCAUCUGCCGUCUGCACGGUGAAGUCACUUUCGCUGGACACUUGUGAUGGAGGCCAACGCGCACUUUAAUCACCUUCAAAUCUUCGGUCUCACAGCACAUUUUUUUAAGCUUAUUUUAUGUGUUUGAUUUGUGUUUUGUUGUGAUGUAUGUUUAUUAGUAUUUUACUUCUCACCGACCAAACUAUAGAAGGGAGUACUCUCAUUUUUCCACUUCAGAUGCGUUGCUCUCCCGGUGUUUUGUUGUUGUACCCUGACUCCGCUGAGAACAGCUGAGGACACGUCAUGAGGGAUUGUCAGGACCAAGCAAACUGUACACUCCAUUGAAAUUCACCGCUCUAUUCUUUCAUGCUAAUGUUUAUUUUAGGCCUUUUCAUUGUAGCUGCGCAGUGUGUGUUCAGUUAAAGAAAAGAAGAAGCCUGAAAUCCAUUCAAAAAAAGUCAUUGAACAAACUUCAUGGUGGUCUCAGUUUUGGGUCUUGACUUUUUCAGAUUAGCAAUCAGUUAUGUAUGUCUCUUUGCUGAUUUACUGACUUUUUUUCUGUCCCUAUGCUUUGAUUCAAUGGAACACAGACUUACAAAACUGCAGGGAUUUUGAUGUGUGCAGAGAUAAGACAUUUAUUUAAUGCCAAAAAUGCUCAUUUUAAAAGCUAAAACUUUUUUUAAAUUAUCCUUUUAGUCCAUGCUCAUUUAAUAUGUUAUGUCAGAACAAAUUGUAAUUGUGGUUUUUAUUUGCUUUUUAUAAAACAAGUUUGAUCAUAACUCCAAGUCAACUUCAUGUAGACAGCGGAAUUAGCUUACUAACAGCGACAGGUGAUUCGUAAUUUAGCAAUAAAAAAAAACAUAGCAGGAGAACAAUUUUGUUUUUAUGUGAAUCAUUGGCCGUUUUUUUGCACUGUCAUUUGUCUCAUAGUUGGAUUGACUAUGCAUUCUUUUGAUCCAAAUGACUCCAAAGCUUUUGGAUAAAAAUGCCUGUGUCGCUGUUACUGGGGUUGGAGGGUCUUGUUGUCAAAGAUGGACAGAUGAUUCGCACAGCUGGGUUGAUGAAACGCUCGCCCUAUUUUCACUUUCACCUGCAGAACAACCAAGACUAAGCUAUUUCAUUGGGCUUUCUAGUGAUGAUAUUGCGUCUUCAGAUGAUUGAUACCUCUUCUGAGGAAGUUGUAGCUCCCCUUUUAAGUAGUUCCAUUCCUCCUGUGGUGACCUGUGGACCAGAUACCAAUGCUCAUGACCUGCUGUCAUGAUGGUUAGAUGACAGUACGGCCACCAUGACUUAAGGGUGCCCCCUACUUCUCUUAAAAAAGACAGAGAAAUUGACACACACACACACACACACACGAGUGUUGUCCAUUUUCAACACAGCUUCACCAGCACUUGAUCAAACACACGCAUGUGCACCUCCGUGACCACGUAUUGUCCAUUCCUGCCCUCCACCUUGUUUGUGUUCAUGUGACCCUAAACAGUGCCACUCACCCCUUUUCUACCAUGAUCCUGUGAACAAUGAUUUGUUAUCUAGUUUUUAUAUCACGACUUCUAUGUUUGUUUUUUUCGUCGUCAUGUCUUUUUUUUUUAAUCUCGCUGCAUUUCUGAAUGACUGCUAGGUGUUGUAAUGUGUGCUCAAUUUAUAAAUGUGUGUGUCCAGUAUGGAUGACUAACAUGACGGGUUCUAUUGCCAACUCAAUUAAACCAGUGUUGUUAUUGCUAUUUAAAAAAAAAAAAGAAAAAGAAAUUAUUAUUCUUAUUAUACACGUAGCUUAACUUUGGCCUCAUCUAUCCACUUUGUAUAGAGAACCACAAUUCCUUUUAAGGAUCUAUUGCCAAUACUUUCUCCCCCAGAUAUGUAUCCCAGCAGUCAUUGCUGUCACUAAAUUUCUCAGGUGAAUAGAAUUCAGGAGAAACCACAUCAUCAGUUAGUUGACUUCGCUUAAGCUUGGAUAUUGGUGUUGUCUGUGGGCAGUUACAGGAAUGACCGCCUCCCUCUGACUGAAGCUUUGGAAGGACUGGCUGGUCUCCGAGCAUGCAACAUUGUCAGUUGUUAUCAAGCCAACAUGAAUAUUUUUGAUUCACAUUUGCUGACCUUUGUUAUUAUAUACAUACUGUAUAAGGGAGAACACAGUGUAUUUUGUAUAAAGUAUUAAUAAGCCUGUUGUAUGUGUAUAUAAAACUGUUGAAUGAAUGAUAAAAUGUGAUGUCCACCUGAAACCUAAAUGAAAUGAUAAUAAGGCAAAUCCAGUGUCUGUCCAUU